AUGAAACAGUUGAACAUGGAUUUGAAGGCCGUCGGUGAAAAACGUUUAUUGCAGCUUAAUGAAUUAGAUGAAUUCAGAAUGGAAGCAUAUGAAAACUCAAAGCUUAUUAAAGAAGGCACCAAAAAGUGGAAUGACCUACACAUUCAAAGGUCAAAGUGGUCAGAUCCUUACACUGUCACUAAAGUUCUGCCAUAUAGAGUUAUACAGGUCAACUAUGAAACAAAAGGAACAUUCACAGUUAAUAGGCAAAUGUUAAAACACUACUGGGGAGGGAACUUCUCCAAGCAAAAGUCCAUCGUUCAACUUGGGAUGCCUAAUUGA